CCCAUAAUUCGUUAGUUUGACUUGAUGGGUUCGGUUUUCAAUACCUUGCCUCUAACCUUUCUUUUCUCCUCUGCCCGGCCAUCUUGUCCUUUACGAGUCCAAGUCCUUCUCUUUCCACAGUCUCUCUCGUGCUAUAAAAAGAUGAAGAGAAGCUACUACAAUCUUUAGUGUGUCCACUUUUAAGAAUGGGUCGAUCACCAUGCUGUGACAAGGUUGGCUUGAAGAAAGGACCGUGGACUCCCGAGGAAGAUCAGAAACUCUUGGCUUAUAUUGAAGAACAUGGCCAUGGAAGCUGGCGAGCCUUGCCAGCAAAAGCAGGCCUUCAGAGGUGUGGCAAGAGCUGCAGACUGAGAUGGACCAAUUAUCUUAGGCCUGAUAUUAAAAGAGGAAAGUUCAGUUUACAAGAAGAGCAAACCAUCAUCCAACUUCAUGCUCUCCUAGGAAACAGGUGGUCGGCUAUAGCCACGCACUUGCCAAAGAGAACAGAUAAUGAGAUCAAGAAUUACUGGAACACGCAUCUGAAGAAAAGAUUAGCCAAAAUGGGAAUCGACCCGGUGACUCACAAGCCCAAGAACGAUGCCCUUGUCUCAAGCGACGGCAGCCAAUCCAAGACUGCCGCCACCCUUAGCCACAUGGCUCAAUGGGAGAGCGCUAGACUUGAAGCUGAAGCAAGGCUGGCCAGGGAAUCCAAACUACGUUCAUCGCUAUCAUUUACAUCUUCAUCCUCUGCCUCAACUACUGCUCUUCCAGCUCUCAAGCCUUGGAACAGCGGUCGUGACCUUGAAUCUCCCAAGUCUACUCUAACUCUCUCCGAGAACAACCCACCUACUAUGCCUAUCAUUGAGUUUGUGGGUACUUCUGGUUCUUGUGAGGCGGCAGGAGUGGUGAAAGACGAGGGUGAUCAGCGAGAGUGGAAUCAUAGUAAUGGUAUGGAGAAUUCAAUGUCUUAUACGUCCAGCCUGCAUCAUGAGUUGACAAUUUCCAAUAUGGAAGCCACAUGGACCUCCCAAGAGCCUCUUCUAAGGAUUGGUACUGGUAGAGAUGCUGUUGCUGAGGACCAGGGAUUCACCAAUCUGUUGCUUAAUACAAACUCCGACGACCGGAGCUUGUCGGAGGAGGGCGGAGGAGAGUCUGAAAAUUGGGAUGGUAGUGGUGGUGCCGGCAGUGGCAUCUUGUGUGAAGAUAAUAAUAACUACUGGAACAGCAUUCUUAAUUUAGUUAACUCUAAUUCGCCUUCUCAUUCCCCCAUGUUCUGAUUCAAAGUGUGGGAGACCCAUGCAUCAGAAUCUUUACAGAAAAACGGUAAGCUUGCAUAGUGGUUUUCGACUUUCCGUUGCUUUCAGACUUUUCUUAGGAAUGCAUGAGAUUGUUAUUGUUUGAAAGCGACCAGGGCUCUAUCCAGCACACUUGUCGAUUUAGUAUCACCAAAUGUUCAUAUCAAUUUGUUUUGGUCCCAUUUUAUUUUUGUUUCUGUGUGUUCACAUCAAAGUCUGGAUUCCCUGAGCUUAGCGUGUGCUUCUUAAGACAAACUUAGAGUCGAUCAUGCGUGUAUUGUAUGACUUCUGCUGUGACCCGUAAGCAAUUUCCAGAUUCGAUUUGAUACUCAUCUUGUCUCAUAGAAGAAGUAUUUAUUGCAGACUUUAUUGAUUAUUGCUGAUAGUUCCACGUCAUAUUCUGGCAUUUAAAACACUUUCAAUUAGUACAGACUUGCCAAUUUGGGUC